AUGGCUGAGAAGAGUCCCCCUGCAGACAGUGCCAAACAGGGCCAAUCGGAUGGCACCGCUCUCAAGCCUGCUCUGAAGAAAGGGGCGGCCGAGGGGCCUAAGAAAGCCAAGGCGAAGAAGAGCAGUGAGGAUGCCAUGAACAAAGUGUACACCAACCUGCUGAACAGCUGCUUCGGAGCGGAGAGAGAGCUGUCACAGCCUGAGCUUGACGAGCUUGCUGAGGCGUUUAAGGAGUUUGACUAUGACCAGGAUGGUUAUCUGAACUAUAAAGACCUGGCUGAGUGUAUGAGGACAAUGGGAUACAUGCCCACAGAGAUGGAGCUACUGGAGAUCAUACAACAGAUUAAAAUGAGGUUGGGUGGGCUCAUGGACUUUGACGACUUCUGUGAGCUCAUGGGGCCGCGGAUGAUGACGGAGACUGCGGACAUGCUGGGACUGAAAGAGCUCAAAUCCUCCUUUAAACAGUUUGACACCGACGGUGAUGGUAAGAUCAGCCAGGACGAGCUGAAGGAGGCGGUGAAGACACUGCUCGGGGAGAAGCUUAAGAAAGGAGAACUGGAGGAGAUUCAGAAAGAGAUCGAUCUUAACGGAGAUGGAACCGUGGAUUUUGACGAGUUUGUCAUGAUGUUGUCAGUGCGGUAG